CAUUUCAUCAGAGUUCAGUAUAAAGUUGGUAACAAAUGUAACGUGUAAAUAUUAGGUUAUAUUUAGUAAAUUUUAAAAUUUGGAUUAAUCAAUCAAAAAUAUUUAGUGCGUAUAUAAUGAAGUAUCCAAAAAUGAAUAAAGAACUUCUGCCUAUGAAAGCUCAUUAUUUUUUAUGGAAUGCUGGAACCAGUCCCGUAACACCAUUUCUUAGUUCAUAUGCCAGACAACUAGGCCUGUCCAGUGUAGUGGUGGGCUUCAUUUACACAGUCCUCCCGAUUAGCGGGAUGCUGGCCAAGCCGAUCUUCGGAUCCAUAGCCGACAGAUUCCAUUGUCAAAAAAUUUUAUUUCUUGGCGCCCAACUUUUGACAGCAGCCGCUUUUUUAGCAGUGUUUUAUUCACCGCCAAUAGAAACUGUGAGGAACGUAGAUAUGUCAUGCUAUAACAGUACGACGUCUUUUGUUUUUCACUCGACUGAACCUAUAGAUAAAUGCUUUUUGGAUCCCAUUAAGGCAGAUCGGAAGUGGGAUAAGUGUGAGAUGAGUUGUGGUGUGCUUGAUCCUGCACCACUAUGUGAUAUAUGGAGCAUUGAGGAAUACUGCCUUCCUGAGUACAGUAACCAAAUAUCGUUCACUGCUCUAGUGCCUAAGCACGAGACAACAUUGUCAAAUUAUUCGUUAAUAUUUAAGAUAGAUAACAUAACAUUGAGCAACGGCAGUACAUUAUCCCCGCCUUGUACCGAAACGAAUACCCCGUUUCUUUCGACUUGUCAAAUUAAUUGUGAAGAUUAUAGUUUGAACGAGAUGAUCACUGAAACGUCAGUUAGCGAUGAUGCAGCAUAUGGACUCUACCAGUUUUGGUGUGUGCUAAUUUUUAUGGUGAUUGCAUGGAUUGGACAGGCUGUGGUAGUUAGUGUAGGAGAUGCCAUAUGUUUCGAAUUACUAGGCGACAAACCAAGUCACUAUGGUUAUCAAAGACUAUGGGGAUCUCUUGGUUGGGGAGUUGUUGCAGCAAUCGUUGGAAUAGUCAUUGACUUGUCGAGUCGAGGAAAAGGCCAAAAAGAUUAUACCGCAGCUUUUUACAUGGCGGCCCUAUUUCUUGUUUUCGACUUUCUUACAUCGACUAGAAUCAGUUAUUCUCAAAAGAAAGUCUCCACUAAUAUUUGCCGAGACGUGGCGGUACUUUUGUUCGAUGUCCGCAUCAUAGUUUUUCUAUUUUGGUGUAUAGGCGUUGGCAUGUGCACAGGCUUGAUGUGGCAAUUCCAAUUCUGGCUCGUCGAAGAUUUGGCCAAGAACCAAGGCUGUACAGGAAUGGUUUACGUGAAGACCUUGGAAGGCCUGCUUCAAGGAGUCCAAACCGUUCUGGGAGAAGCGCCGUUUUUCUUCUUUUCAGGAGUUAUUAUCAAGAAACUGGGCCAUGUGAAUACGAUGUCGUUGGUGCUGUUUGCUGUGGGCAUUAGAUUUCUGCUUUAUUCUGUGAUACCCAAUCCAUGGUAUUUCUUGCCUAUUGAAAUAUCAAACGGGCUUACGUUUGGACUGUUCUUCGCUUGUAUGGCAUCGUAUGCCAGUAUAGUAGCGCCUUCAGGAACGGAAGCCACCAUGCAGGGUUUGGUCGGAGCCGUAUUCGAAGGGGUCGGUGUCUCUGCAGGAAGUUACUUAGGAGGAUACUGUUACAAACACUUCGGUGGCCCUCUAACAUUCCGAUAUUUUGGUUAUGGAGCUAUAAUCGUUUGCUUCAUUCACAUUGCCAUUCAGUAUUUAAUAAGAGGAUCUCAGAAUCAGUAUUCGACACCAGAAGAAACUUUAGAAAAGGUCCAACGUGACGACGAAAAAGAAUUGACGUACUUAUAUUCAUGACAACCAAAGAAAUAUUAGUGAUUCUAGUUAAAAUGUAUUUCUUUGGCCUUCGAAGGAACCAGAGCUAUGGAGAGGUCUGAAAACGCUAGACGUUAAGGGUAAUAUUCGAAAAUAUGAUCAAUAUUUUAAAUAUACAUGUUCUCUCUCGAUUUUUACAGGUUAUAAAGACGAAUAUGGAAUUGUUACGAUGGUUCUUAUGCACACGUUGUGAACAAUUCCAAUCUAAUGUAGGUUUCGAACUGUUUCUAAUGCCCCGUGCCCGUUUCUUCUCGAUCGACGAUGAUAAAUAUAAAUAAGUGUUGAAGUCGUGAAGUAAAAAAUGGUUUUAUUGACAGCUACUGAAUUAUUACACUACAGUUGUUGGUUAGAUAAAAUUUACAAUAUAGACUGCAUGCAAAAGAGUGCAAAUCCCCCAACUUAUAAGUUCACCAAUAACGUACACCUCAGCACAAAGAUUAAUGUAUCUAGCAUAGUAACAAAAACUUUGUACUUUGAAAGCUGACAAAUAUAAUUUAAACGAGGAACUAUUGCAACACUAUUUGGCAAUUCAUUCGAUUUGCCGGAAGUUGGAUAAACUGGAAAUUAAACUAUUAAUCGAUAUGUUUCACAAUUAUACACAGUGAAACUAUAAAAAAGUAGGAAGUUAAGAUAAAUGUGAGAUUACAAAUUAAGGGAUUAAUUUGUGAUUGAACACGUUGCUCAACUAAUACAUUAGAUCGAAAUAUAAAUGAAAAAAUAUCCAGCCUCUUAUUUUGUACAGUCUGGUUGUCCCUCGUUCCAGGAUUGAUGCAGUAAAAACUGCAUCAGAUACAGAAAAAUCAAGAAAUUCAGAAUAAACACAUUUACUCCUAAUCUAUGACAGCUCGAGAGUCAUUUAUUUAAUAUGUACAGCUUGUUGCAAUGAUUUAACAACAGAAAUAAUGGUCAGGAUAGAAAUAGCAAGAAAAGCAUUUGUAAAAAUGAAGACAAUUCUCUGCAAUAAAGACGAUAGAUUAGAACUUAGCAAGAGCUCUAAUAUGGUACAUGCUUUCGAUUCUACAGUAUGGACUUAUAAAUAAGCUACUAGUCCAGGACGCAUCUGUUUUGAGAUGGACUUUGAGAGGUGACUCGUAUUUUUUUGCAGAAAUUGCUUGGAAUGUUGGAAUUAACUCAUAUAAUGAUAAUUGAGUUAUCCUCCUGCUCAAAAAGGUCCGGAACAUUGUUUAAAUAAUCAAAAUGUCAAAAAAUGAAGGAGAAAUUCGAUUUUUUUCUUCGUUAUUUGAUUAUAACUUUAAAAGUAUUCAUUUCCGAGAAAAGUUGCACGGACAUAAAAGUUGCUCAAUUAAAUUUGUUACAGUAUAGGAUUGGUUAUAAAUUUUAAAAAUUGUCACCCUUGUUUCAAAAUAGCAAUAAUUGCGAAAAAAACAUAAAAAAACAAGUAUUAGCAUUUUACGUUUUUCAACCAUUUCUACUACCCUUAGGACCUUCAUAUUUCACCCAGAAAAACUUUAUGAUAUAUUAAAACAAUACUGUAAAUCUCGUUAACAUCGGUUCAAUAGAUUUUGCAAAAUAAAUUUUGCAAUCCAGAUUUCGCAAAAAAAAUGCUUUCUUUCAAAAUGUUGCAGGACUGAAAAUAAAGCAAGUAGCAAGUUGAAUUUUUUUUGCAUAAUAUAGAAGAGUAUCGUACCUUUCAUUUGCAAUUUGUAAAAUUAAAAUCGGUUAACUACCACGGCAUCAGAAAUUUUUUUUAAAUAAACACUAAUAUUGGGUGCUACGCACAGGACAGCGGAUACGUUUGCUCUGAUUGGGCAUUCCAAUGACCUGUCAAAAAUUAUCGAAUAUUGCGGCUACCAACGUUUAUCUAAUAUAUUAUUUUCUUACUCUAUAAUAUUUUGUUGUACUUUAAUAUUUUAAUUCCACAAAAAUCAAACUAAUUUGAGUUAAAUUUAUGUUAAAUUUAUGUUAAAAUAAUAAACUUUUAUUCUCUAAGUUAAAAUGUAUGCACAAAGAAAGUUUUUGCUAAAAAAAGUAUUUCAAAGGACAGAGUAUGUGUUUUUAUUUUGCAAUAAACAAAUUUAUUUAUUUAUAUCAAAAUGUACUAAAAAUUAAAAUUUAUCAAUCAUUAUCAAAGGUCAUUGGAAUGCCCAAUCAGAGCAAACGUAUCCGCUGUCCUGCGCGUAGCACCAAAAAUUAAUGUUUAUUUAAAAAAAGAAUGUGUGUGUACUUUGUACGCACGUAAGAAGUUAUACUUCUAUUAUAUGAUUUAAACGAAAUUAAUAUACUUUUUAUUUAUAUUUUGUUUAAAUAUUAAACUAAUUUAUACUUACUACUUCUCAAACAUUUUUAUUAGAACAGUGCCAAAAAUUAAAAUAAUAAAAGAAUAAAACACACACAAACACAUUAAACAAGCCACAAAUGAUGUCUGAACAUAAAUUGUCGAAAAAUUUUUUAACUAAAUACGUAUUUUCUGAAAAACAAUUAUAUAAUAAAUAUACUUACAAUCAUAAAAUGUAUUAAAAAAAACAAAAAAGAAAGUUUCUAUUGGGACUCGAACCAGCGCUGAUAAGAGCGGUUGGUAUUGGAAUUCAUUCGCCUUCUCCGCUUAGCCAUGGACACUAUGUGUCAUUAUUUACGAAGAUCGACUAACUAAACGGAUUAAACUUGUGAUAUUUUGAUAUUUUGAAAAUUGAUCAAAUUAUUUUAAUUUUGAAUUGAAAUGAUUUAGAAUUGAAAAAAUACAACAAAACAUACAGUUAAAAAUCAAUAUAUUAAAGUAUCAAUAUCAAAAGUAAAAAUCAAUAAAUCAAAUUAUAUAAAUAAAAGUAUUACAUACUAUGUAUUUUGGCAGAUCAAAUAGGUAGGUUUAUAUCCAUGAUACAUUAACAAUUAUUACGUACCUGUUGCUUUUAAAAACUAUUUAAAAGUCACUACAAUAUUAUAAACUUUUUUGUUUCUGUCCUCACAACAAUAAAACUAAUAUAUUAUACAUUUGUUUACCUUUACCUUUACCUCCAAACCACAGCUACCAUAUCGGAUAAUUUUUGACAUGUCAUUUGAACAUCCAAUCAGAACAAAGUUAUAAUGCGCAUGCGCCGGGCUGAUAGGUUUUAACAUAUAAAAAAAUCACCCUCUAUCGCCGGUAAAGAAGUAUAACUUCAAAAAAUUUCUGACGCCGUGGUAGUUAACCGAUUUUAAUUUUGCAAAUUGCACAUGAAAGGUACAGUAUUCUUCUACAUGUAAAAAAAAAUUAACUUGCUGUCUGCUUUAUUUUCAGUCCUGCAACAUUUUGAAAAAAUGCAUUUUUUUGCGAAAGCUGGAUUUCUAAAUUUAUUUUGCAAAAUCUGUUAAACCAAUGUUAACUAAAUUUACAGUGUUGUUUUAUUAUAUCAUAAAAUUUUUCUUAGUGAAAUAUGAAGGUACUAAUUGUAGCAUAACUGUAGCAUACUUACCUGGUGUAGGGGUUACCGUGAUCAAUAAGGCGGUUCCCCCAGAGUGAGGCCUUUCCAUUGCACUACGGAGAGGCUGACCUCUGCGAUUAUCCCUAAUGCGGAUAACUCGGACACGUAAUUUUUGCUAGUAGUUGCUGUAGCAUAACUGGUUGAAAAACGUAAAAUGCGAAUACUUGUUUUUUGUGGUUUUUUCGUAAUUAUUUCUGUUUUGCAACAAGGGUGACAAUUUUAAAAUUUUUGAAUCAAUGCUAUAUUCUAGGAAAUUUAAUUACUCAACUUUUACGUCAGUGCAAUUUUUCUCGGAAAUGAAUACUUUUAAAGUUAUAAUCAAUAAACGAAGAAAAAAAUCGAAUUUUUCCUUUAUUUUUUGACAUUUUGAUUAUUUAAACAAUGUUCCGGAGCUUUUGGACUGGGAGGAUAUCUCAAUUAUUAUUACAUGAGUUAUUUCCAAGCAAUUUCUGCAAAAAAAUAUGAGUCACCUCUCAACGUCCAAAUGUACUAAUGUUUUUACAGAUGCGCCCUGGUCUAUACAGUCAUUUGAAUUGUGGUGUUGAGAAUGAUGCUUAGAAUAGCAUGAACACAGAAGAAAACGAACAUGGAAGUAUUGCGUGAAAUGGGCAAAGAAUAUGAAAUAAUAAGCACAAUAAAAAUAAGAAAGUUACAAUAUCUGGGACACGUAAUUUAUUUAUUUAUUUAUUUACUGAAAUAUACAUCCACCAGGUAUAAACCCAUAAAGGUGUACAUAAGAAAACUACAUUAACUGAACACUUGAUGGCAAAAUAUAAAAUAAAAUAAAGAAUAACCAAAAAUGUUUCUGUUGUUAAUACACAUACACAAUAAUAAUAAAACAAAGACCUUAAUAAAGAAAAAUAACAUGACAUCAAUUCGAUAAGCUAUUGCAUAUUUCGCGUUUAAAGAUGUUAAAACUAAGAAAAAAAAUGUCCACAGAUCUUAAGUUGAGGGGACAGUGAUAUGGAAUGCUAAGAUUGAUAACACAGGGAAAGAUAAGAGGAGGAAGGAGUAUAGGAAGAAGGAGAGUGUCAUGGGUAAAAAAUUGAAGGGACUGGUUUAAAUACAUUUCAAUAGAACUCUUUAGAGCAGCGGUAGAUUGAGUAAAGAUAGUGAUGAUAAUAUCUAACCUCCGAUUGGAAGUCGGCACGUAAAGAAGAAGGAAUCCAUUGUUUAGUAAAAAUAAUUGUGGAAAAGAAGGUGGCACUAAAGCACCAGUGGCGUCGCAUAAAAAGGUAUCGUAACAAUACUGUUACUGUUGACAAAUAUAUUAAGAGACAUGUUUGACCACGUAUACUUGUCUCAGACGGUAUAUUUCAUUCCUUACUCUCAGUAUUAAUAAAACAUUGAAAUAUUUUAGUGAUGUAUGAUUGAAUAAACGAUUUUAUUAUGGGAAAUUAAAAAAAAAACAGUGACGUUACCAUAAAACAUGAAUUCGUGUUUUUUGGAGUACUUAGUUGCAUAUUUUAUUUAUGCUAACAUAACAUAUGGCUCGAAUAUUUUUAUACAGACUGAUUUUACACUUGAUAGAACUUAUUUGCAAUUGGAUAUCAUACAUCAUAAUUAAUAGCCGUAUUUUGUAAUUUUUUUAUUUUUCGCUUAAAACUGUAAAUAAAAUGAUAAUCUGACAAUUUUAACAUUGUCUUUUGCAUCUGCUGUCGUUUUUGUAAGUUUCUUUUACUGAUUAUUUGAUCGCCGAAAUCGUAGCAUACAUGGUUGAGCUAGGUGUAGGUAAGUUGUGAGACAGUUUGUAAGGUUAUGUUCACUUUCCUUCACUUAAUCUGAAUCAAUAAAGCACGGCAAAAGGCUAUACAUCCAUUAUGAAAUGAUACAGUAUGACAAGCCUAUGAAAUUCUCUAGAAGAAGGUACCGGAGGUAAGAACGUUUUCUUCUUAGCCUCCUGUCGUCCAUUGUUGGACAUAUUCCUCUCCCAACUCCUUCCAUCAAUCCCUAUCCUGAGCAACUUACUUCGCAGGUUACACUGUUGCCAUUUCUGUUAUGUUUAGUUUAUUCAUAUUUGCCUUGGUUAGGGUUCAAGUUUGACAUCCAUAUGUCAUUAUAUGAAGGAUGCACUGGUUAGAAUAGAAUAGAAAUAUGCUUUAUUGUCAUGGAAAAUUGUACAAUUUUAUCUACAAAGCUUAUAAAAAGUCAUGAAAACAAAACAAUAACAAUACAAUUUACCAAAACACUGUUGAACACUUUGCUCCUCAAAGGUUUACAAUAAAAUUGGAAAGAUAGACGACAAUUCUCUGAAACAUAUAGGCAGAAAGAAAAUCUUUACACCUCAAAAAAGGUUAAUUACUGCCUGAAAAACCUUAGCUUCUGACUUGUGGAAACAAAAUAGACAGAAAGUCUAUAGUCCAAGAGGUAGCGCUGAAAAAUCUCUUUGAAUUUACUAAAGCUAGAUUUUUCACAGUUGAUUACUGUGAUUGUGUAGAGAAACAUGCUGCGGUCGGUCAAGCGAAACGUAGAACAGGGGUUACUGAGAGGGUAUCAAAGUUGAUUUCCUACGAAGGUAAUUAAAUCCAUUUACUAAGGCUGAAAAUCAGUACACACAUUCUAAAUUAAAUAUAAAUAAAAGUUAUUAUAGUCGGUCAGCUGUAUGACGGGACAGAGCCGGUCGGUCGGCCCCAGUGAAUGUACAGUUAUUCACUAUAUUUUGACGCCCUUGUAAACUGCUUUAUUUACAGAAUUAGAAAAAAAUGUAAAAUACAAAAGUUAUUCGAUUUUUAAAAUUAUGAUUUUUUAACAUAUCCUACUAGUGACGUCAUCCAUCUGGGCGUGAUGACGUAAUAGACUAUUUUUUUAAAUGGGAAUAGGGGUCGAGUGCUAGCUCAUUUGAAAGGUUAUUCAAUUCCCUAUUCAGUAAUAUAAACAUUAACAUGAUUAAUUAUGCAGGCUGUCCAAAAAAUUUUUUUUAUUUAAAUUGAUUGUUUAAUUAAUAAUUCAAAAUUUUUUUGGACACCCUGUAUAAAUAAUGAUUUUAAUGUUUAUAGUACUGUAUAGAGAAUUGAAUAACCUUUCAAAGGAGCUAGCACACGACCCCUAUUAAUUCUCAUUUAAAAAAAUAGUCGAUUUUUCGAUAGCCAUAACGUCCAGAUGUAUGACGUCACUAGUACGAUAUAUAUGUCAAAAAAUACAUUUUUUUCUAAUUCUGUAAAUAAAGCAGUUUACAAGGGGGUCAAAAUAUAGUGAAUAAACCUGUUCAUUCAUUGGGGCCGACCGACCGGCUCUGUCCCGUCAUACAGCUGACCGACUAUAAUAACUUUUAUUUAUAUUUAAUUUAGAAUGUGUGUACUGAUUUUCCGCCUUAGUAAAUGGAUUUAAUUACCUUCGUAGGAAAGCAACUUUGAUACCCUCUCAGUAACCCCUGUUCUACGUUUCGCUUGACCGACCGCAGUAUGUUUCUCUACACACUCACAGUAAUCAACUGUGUAAAAUCUAGCUUUAGUAAAUUCAAAGAGAUUUUUCAGCGCUGCCUCUCCGUCUAUAAUAUUUUGCUUUCAAGUAAGCUAACAAAUGCCAUCAAAUGGGAGAAACACAUGCUCAGGAAAUAAAAUGAACUAACUAUAAUACUAAUAAGAGUUAUUAAAAUUACCGGAACAACACCACUUAACGUGUUAAAACAUUUAUAGUUAUAAACAAUUUUGGUUUAAAACUUAUCGGCAGUGGAUGCAAAGACGUUUUUAAAUUUAUUAUUUUAACAUCUUAAUUUUAACAUUUGAAUUCAUUUAUUUACUGGUUUUACAAUUUUUUUGAAUUUUCAAAAAUCAUUUUUGUAGAACCUCUCCAAGAAUACCUAAGAAAAAAGCUCUGUGUUCCUAUGAAAGGAAAAACGAAAAGGUAGUUUCUCGGUAGUGUUCCUAUUUAUUAGAUUGUUUUAUGGUGAUUUUUUUGUGUUAAAUUAUUAUUUAUUGGUCGAAAUUUUACUUAUUUUAGUGAUUUUUUUAUAUACAAUACAAAAAUUUGUUUUCCAAAUAGUUUUAAGUAUAUUAAUAACGAAAAUGAUGAUUUUAUAAAGAUGAAUUGCAAAAAUACACCAUAUACCACUGUAUUCGACAAAAACCUGAUCAGUUAUAGUUUUGUUGGCCAUAUUUGUUUGUUUUCCAAUGUUUUCGUUUGAUAAGAAAAACAUUUUUAUAGUUUGACAUACAUUGUUCAAUGUAGUCUUGCUGAACUUUACUAAAAUUGUCCCGGUAAUCUUGUAACUUAUGGAUUCCAUUCCUGAAAUAGAAUUCCGGUAAACUAUCCGGAAAAUUUUUGGAAUGUAAGAACCUUUUGAUAUGCUGAACGUAGUCCUCCCGUAAAUAAUUCCAUUACGUGCGACCAUCUUGUUGGGGAAAAUUUAGGCCCUCUCCUAUCAGGGACUAAUUGUUAAAAUUUCUUAAUAUUUUUUCGCACAAAUUGCACCUUCCGCCGCCUUAUCAUUUUUUUUUGUGACAAACUAUCUUGUUUAACACAUAACUGUGGUGUAUAUUGCAAUUUUACUAUUUAAAUUGCCCUAAAAACAAUUUUUUGUGAAAUUUUAACUUCAGGGUUUAUUUUGUAAGUUGUUAAUUUAUUGUAAUUUCGUUUAGAAACAUUUUUGUAAUUUGUGAUACUAGGGAAUUUUAUAUUUAUGAAAUAACUGUUUUUGUUUCAUAUGGUUAUUAAAAUAUGACACGAAAA